AUGCCUGCCCUGGCUUGUUGCGUAGAUGCUGCGCUUGCGCCUCCCGGCUACGCUUUUCCUGCCGGGGAUAGCUCUCUUCCGUCGCCGGUAUCAUUUUUUCCCGGCUUACCUCUUUCAACGACCACCACUACUUCCACCGCCGCUGCCGCUGAAAAUUCUUCCGCUCAUUGGUCACCAUCCCUCUCCGCUGCGCUUUACAAAAUCGAUGGCUGGGGUGCUCCUUAUUUCUCUGUGAAUUCCUCCGGGAAUCUUUCCGUCCGGCCUUAUGGUACGGACACGCUGGCUCAUCAGGAGAUUGAUUUACUGAAAAUAGUGAAGAAGGUUUCGGAUCCGAAAUGGGUUGGUGGGCUGGGGCUCCAGCUCCCGCUAAUUGUUCGCUUGCCUGAUGUGCUUAAAAACAGGCUUGAAUCCCUGCACUCUGCUUUUGAUUUCGCGAUCCAGUCUCAGGCCUACGAGGCUCAUUACCAAGGUGUUUAUCCUGUGAAAUGUAACCAGGACCGGUUUGUUGUUGAGGAUAUUGUGAAAUUCGGGUCUCCGUUUCGGUUCGGGUUGGAAGCUGGGUCGAAACCCGAGCUUCUCCUAGCUAUGAGUUGUUUGUGCAAAGGAAACCCAGAAGCUCUCUUGGUCUGUAACGGGUUUAAAGAUGGAGAGUACAUUUCUCUUGCUUUGAUUGCGAGGAAACUGUCUUUGAAUACAGUGAUUGUGCUUGAACAAGAAGAAGAGAUCGAUCUGGUUAUUGAACUGAGCAAGAAAAUGUCUGUUAGGCCUGUGGUUGGUGUUCGAGCAAAGCUGAGAACAAAGCAUUCGGGUCAUUUUGGAUCUACUUCUGGCGAGAAAGGAAAAUUUGGGUUAACUACGACCCAGAUUUUGCGGGUCGUGAAGAAGCUUGAAGAAGCAGGGAUGCUUGAUUGCUUCCAGUUGCUGCAUUUUCAUAUUGGAUCUCAGAUUCCCUCUACCGCCUUGCUUGCCGAUGGUGUAGGCGAGGCUGCGCAGAUCUACUGUGAGUUAGCCCGUCUUGGUGCUCAUAUGCAAGUCAUUGACAUUGGAGGUGGGCUGGGUAUCGAUUAUGACGGGUCUAAAUCUGGCAAUUCGGAUCUUUCCGUAGCCUACGGGCUUGAAGAGUAUGCUCUCGCUGUUGUGCAAGCGGUUAAGUUUGUUUGUGACCGCAAGAAUAUCAAGCAUCCAGUGAUUUGCAGCGAGAGUGGUCGUGCUAUUGUCUCUCAUCACUCAGUUUUGAUAUUUGAGGCUGUCUCUUCAAGCUCGCCUAAUUCUAAUGCUGCAUCAAUGACUUCCUAUGGAAUGCAGUAUUAUCUUGACGGGCUUACUGAGGAUGCUCGUGCUGAGUACCGGAACUUAACUGCUUCAGCAAUAAGAGGCGAGCAUGAGGCGUGCUUGAUGUAUGCUGAUCAAUUGAAACAAAGGUGCGUUGAUCAAUUCAAAGAAGGAAAUAUUGGUAUGGAACAAUUAGCUGCUGUUGAUGCAUUGUGUGAAUUAUUCUAUAAAGCUAUUGGUGCAUCUGAUCCAGUUCGCACUUAUCAUGUGAAUUUGUCUGUGUUUACAUCAAUUCCUGAUUUCUGGGGGAUUGGACAGUUGUUUCCUAUAGUCCCUAUUCAUCGACUUGAUCAAAAGCCUGGUGUGAGAGGAAUUUUGUCUGAUUUAACAUGUGAUAGUGAUGGGAAGAUUGAUAAGUUCAUAGGUGGUGAGUCCAGCCUGCCGCUUCAUGAAAUUGAAGGUGGCGGUGGUAAUGGUGGAAAGUACUACUUGGGGAUGUUUUUGGGCGGGGCUUAUGAGGAGGCACUCGGUGGAGUUCACAACCUGUUCGGUGGCCCUAGUGUAGUGCGGGUUUCACAGAGUGAUGGGCCGCACAGCUUCGCAGUGACACGAGCUGUGCCGGGUCCAUCUUGUAGUGAUGUCCUCCGAGUUAUGCAGCACGAGCCCGAGCUCAUGUUCGAGACUCUCAAGCACCGUGUUGAAGAAUAUUGUCACCAAGAUGAGGAUAGCGAUGAUGGUGAUAGUGAUCAUGGAAUGGGAAGCAACGCUGCUUUAGCCAACAGCCUUGCUAGCUACUUCCAUAACAUGCCUUAUCUGGUGGUUCCUUGUUCAUUGACUGCUAUGAAUAAUAGUGGCUUCUACUACUGCAACGAGGAUGAUUACAAUGCUGCUGUUGAUAGUGCUACUGGCGAGGAUGAGCAGUGGUCUGUUGUCUGUGCUUGA